CCACCCAUCCACCCACCCACCUCCUAAAUCUUCUUUAUACUAUACUGCUUAGGGCUUUUUAUUCCAUGGCUCACAAAUUUCCCCUUCCAUAUUCUUCUCUCUUCUUUACUGCUCAUUUUCUUGCUCAAUUCCUUCGUUUACGCCCGCGUUUUGUGAAAAUCAAUUUAUGUGAUUAAAUGAGAAUAUCUGAGACAGUAUGGAUGAAGCAAUAGGUGAUGAGGUUGUUGAACUUGUGGAUGACAGACACAUUAGAAAUAAAGAGAAUGAGUUCUCGUUGAAACCUGGCAGCUCCAGCAUGCUGCAAUCGAAUGAAAUGAUUACACCUGGUGUUAAUGAUUAUCCUGAGAACUCAAAGAAUGGAUAUUCAGAUAUUUUGGAGGCAAAAGACCUAGACAGAAUAGGUUCUUCUGAACAUGCAAGUGCCAGUCCUCGCUGUAUGAAUGAUGCUGGAGUCAUGGUUGAGGAGUUGACUCUGAGAAAUUAUGAUGGGGAAAGGUUGACUAUAGUGGGUACUUCUAGUAAUAGAGAACGAGUGCAAGCUAAGCGAAACCAGUGGCAGAAUUUGUAUCAGAUAGCGGGUGUAUCAGGAAUCGGCAACCUUCAUGGACCAGCCGGGUACAAAGGAAAAGGUCAGGCAACCUCAAGUGCCAGGGAGGACCGGAGCAAGAAUUUAUUUUCUGGCUUACUAGAUCAAAAUGACCCACCAACAAACUACAAUCACAAUGCUGUCAUGGACAAUUUAUUAAGCAAUGAUGACAAAGGUGCUUCAGGUGAUAUCUUGUAUUCUUCUGGAGGUAUCCGGACAAAAAUUCUAUCUAAAUCUGGGUUUUCAGAGUACUUCAUUAAGAGUACGUUGAGAGGCAAAGGGGUAAUACAUAAAAGCCAAGCUUGCAGAGGAUCUGAUACUGAGUCUGGGGACCUGGAUCAUUCUAAGUCUGGCAUUGGUGGUUCGACAAAUUCUGCUGCACUAGGCUUGACUGCAAAGUCUGUUUCGCCUAUUUCAGAUGGUGUUUCUCAUCCAUGGAAUACUGUUAGUACUGCUAAUGGGAUAACUUUAAGAGAAUGGCUAGAAGCAGGGGGGAAGAGGGCAAAUAGAGCUGAAAAGAUGCUUAUAUUUAGACAGGUUCUGAAUCUUGUUGACAUUUCACAUUCUCAUGGAGUUUCCCUUCAGGACUUGAGGCCCUCCUGCUUCAAGUUGUUGAGAUCAUACCAGGUCAUGUAUCUAGGAUCUUCUGUACGGUCAGGGUUAACACAAGAUGUUACAGAUCAAGAUACUCACCAAUCAAAUUAUAACCGAUAUGAAAAGAAGCCAAUGUAUCAAAGCAUGCUUCACUUGGACAACCACGCUGGGAAGAAGCGGAAAUUAGAUGACAAUAUGACCUUUAUCCAAAGGUGGCCCCAAUUUCCAUCAAGGUCUGGCAUUAGAUCUGCACCCAUAAAUGUUGUCAAGGUAGAUGGUGCUGACUCUCUGGAUCCUAGCAAUGAUGCAGGCUACGAGCACAAUCCUAAAACAGAACUUAAGAACCAGAACAAGUUCUUUGGCCGUAAUGUGCCUAACUCAUCACAAACAUCCCAGGCCUCUGUGAGUUGUAUGCUGGAAGAGAAGUGGUAUACCAGUCCUGAGCUGUUCAAGGAGAAGGGCUGUACCUUUGCGUCAAAUAUCUACUGCUUGGGGGUCCUUCUCUUUGAGUUACUUGGCUCAUUUGAUUCUGGAAGAUCUCUUGCUGCUGCAAUGCUUGAUUUACGUCAUAGGAUUCUUCCACCAAGUUUUCUUUCAGAGAAUCCCAAGGAAGCUGGAUUUUGCCUUUGGUUACUUCAUCCUGAACCUUCAUUACGCCCAAGCACCAGUGAAAUUCUGCAGUCUGAAUUUAUAAGUGAAGUUCAAGAAUUAUCUGGGUGUGAGUUGUUGCCAUCUAUAAAUGAAGAGGAUGAGGAAUCAGAACUGUUGUUGUAUUUCCUUACUUUACUAGAUGAGCAAAAACAAAAGGAUGCAUCCAAUCUAGUGGAACAAAUCCAGUGCAUAGAAGCUGAUAUUCAAGAGGUUGAGAAACGGAGAAAGAAGAAAUCAAUGGUUCUGUCUUCCUUGCCUCAGGAGUCUCUCACUGGAAGUGGAAGCAAGUCCGGCAGACGAAGUGCAAGUUUAGAUAUGUUUCCUAAGAUGGCCCCUCUAAGUAAUACAGAAACAAGGUUGAUGAGUAGUAUCGGGCAACUUGAAAAUGCUUACUUUUCCAUGAGAUCCAACAUUAAGCUUUCAGACAGUGAUUUUGACACUCAGAGGGAUGGAGAACUGUUGAGAAGCCGUGAAAACUGGUCCACCAUGGGAAUGGAGGACAAGUCCAAUUCGGCUGAUCGUUUAGGGGGCUUCUUUGAUGGUUUGUGCAAAUAUGCUCGAUACAGCAAAUUCAAAGUACGAGGAAUUUUACGGAAUGGAGAAUUCAGCAAUUCCGGAAAUGUCAUAUGCUCUUUGAGUUUUGACAGGGAUGAAGACUAUUUAGCUGCAGGAGGCGUGUCAAAGAAGAUAAAAAUUUUCGAAUUUCAAGCUCUCUUUAAUGACUCUGUUGACAUUCAUUAUCCAGUCGUUGAGAUGUCAAAUAAAUCAAAGCUAAGUUGCAUUUGCUGGAAUAGCUACAUCAGAAAUUACCUAGCAUCGACGGAUUAUGAUGGCAUAGUCAAGUUAUGGGAUGCAGCAACUGGUCAAGAGUUUUGUCAUUUCAUUGAGCAUAGUGAGAGGGCUUGGUCUGUUGAUUUCUCUCGUGUUGAUCCGAUGAAAAUAGCCAGUGGCAGUGAUGAUCGUUUGGUGAAGCUUUGGAACAUCAAUGAAAAAAACAGUUUAUGCACGAUCAGGAACAAUGCAAAUGUUUGCUGUGUACAGUUCUCAGCCCACUCCACUCAUUUGUUGUCUUUUAGCUCUGCUGAUUAUAAGACCUACUGCUAUGAUCUUCGCAAUGUUUCAACACCUUGGUGCAUAUUAGCUGGCCAUGAGAAAGCUGUUAGCUACUCGAAAUUCUUGGAUGCGGAAACUCUUGUUUCUGCAUCUACUGACAACACACUGAAAGUUUGGGAUCUAAAGAAGACAAGUUCCAAUUGUUUAUCAAGAGAUGCUUGUAUCUUAACUCUUAGAGGGCAUACAAAUGAGAAGAACUUUGUUGGCUUAUCAGUUGCUGAUGGGUAUAUAACAUGUGGUUCAGAGACAAACGAGGUAUUUGCCUAUUACAAGUCUUUGCCCAUGCCAAUUACUACCCACAAAUUUGGCUCCAUCGAUCCCAUAACUGGUAAGGAGACUGAAGACGACAAUGGACAGUUUGUUUCAAGUGUUUGCUGGAGACAGAAAUCAAACAUGGUGGUUGCUGCCAAUUCAUCCGGGUGUAUCAAACUUCUGCAGAUGGUUUAGUAACAUUCUUUAUCCUAUUACCAGCUGUGCCAUAAUUUUCGUAACUUGCACGUCGGUGAAGCAUCAUAGAUGUCUUAUGUUGGCUCAUUUUAUCACCUCCAUGGUACACGAAAUUUCAAGUUUCAGUUUCUGAAGAAGGUGGGAUUUCUAUUAUUUCCAUGUCUCAAUAUAUUCCUUUCAGCCCAAAAUAAUAGGCCUUAAGUUGAAUCCUUAUUAGAGAUGAGAAACAUUCUCAUGUCACGAAGUUGCUAGAGACCAAACAGAUUUUAUUAGGCAACCAGUUGAGUGCUCUCCUCUGCAAAUGGAAAUUUUAUUUGUUCAUAUUAUAGGACUGUAAGUAGGACAUUUGUGUGGGUGAGGUAGUCUGUUAGCCACAUUCAUUGUAUAUCCAUGUGUAGAACAAGUGUACAAGGUUAGCCCAAACCAUACCAGAUUGCCAUUAGUUGCUGUAUUUGUACUCCUAUUCUUAUUCCAUGCAUGAAAGUGGAAAGAAAAUC